GCCAAGCCUUUUCCAUUUCUAUUUUCUUUCAAUCAAGGAAGGUAUAUUAUUCUGGUCCCAGCGUUUCGCAUUUAGGCGAUCCAGAGGUACGCCUUCUCCGAUUCCCGUUCACCUCCAAAUCGACCUCUUUCUUCUAUCAAAAACACGGUUAAGCAAUUCCACUAGGGAAUUUCCCAACCUCCCAUCCGCUGACGAAGGAUUAAAUCCGUGUCCUCUUCAAUCCUACGCUAGCGUGCGCUUGUUUUGUUUGAGGUUGCACCCUUUACGAUCUCGACCGAGCACUUCACGGACUGCAACGAGCCUCUUCCUCGCUUCGCUUGCUGCUGAUCAAGACUCGGCAGCUAUCAGGUUGUUUGAAGGGACAAGAACUUCAAUUUGGACACAAGAUGCUCUUUGGAGGAUUUAAUUACCAUGGGAAUUCAUUUGAGCAGUCUUACCUUUGCUAUCCAGCUUCAUUCAUUGAUAAGCCUCAACUGGAGAUGGGGGAUAAAAUCAUAAUGCCACCCUCUGCUCUUGACCGUCUUGCUUCUUUACAUAUUGAUUAUCCGAUGUUAUUUGAGUUGCACAAUGGUGCAACAGAAAGAGUUUCUCACUGUGGUGUUCUAGAAUUUAUAGCAGAAGAAGGAAUGAUAUACAUGCCAUAUUGGAUGAUGCAAAAUUUACUUCUGCAAGAGGGAGAUAUUGUCCGUGUCAAAAAUGCAACCCUCCCAAAGGGUACAUAUGUGAAGCUGCAGCCUCAUACAAAAGACUUUCUGGAUAUUUCAAACCCCAAGGCUAUCUUGGAAACAACUUUAAGAAACUUCUCUUGUUUGACGACCGGUGACAGUAUAAUGGUAGCAUACAACAAUAAGAAAUACUACAUAGAUAUAAUCGAAACAAAGCCCUCAUCUGCAAUCAGCAUUAUUGAGACCGACUGUGAGGUUGAUUUUGCACCGCCUCUUGAUUAUAAAGAACCAGAGCGGCCACAAGCUUCUGUACCUACAAGCAAAAAAGUGGAACAAGCUCAUGAACCACAAAAUGAAGCUGAAGUUGAAAGAAAAUUUACUGCGUUUACUGGCUUUGGAAGAAGGCUGGAUGGAAAGCCAGCAAAGGAGGUUUUCUCAAGCGAUUCUUCACCAAUGCAAGACAAAAAGUCUGAAACUGCAAGUAGUACGAAGCCAAUAUCACCUUCAACUUCCGAGGCCAGCACUUCCCGCCAAACUAAGGGGAAGCUUGUUUUUGGUUCAAAUGCAAACCGUGCUCCAAAAGAAGGCCAGGUUGCCCCUAAGGAAACAAAAGAACCUGCAAAGGAAGAAGAACCGAAGUUCCAGCCAUUUACUGGGAAGAAAUAUUCAUUGAAGGGUUAAACAACUGCCCUAGAAUGUUAAAAAGGUUUCUAUAAAGUCUCUCUUACUCGAAAAAUAUUUCUAAUACUUCUAAUGUAUGACUUAAA